UUCUACAACUUGCACACAGGAUGAUUUGGUGUGGCGGUGUUCUGCUGCUUCCCAUCUUGGCGCUGGCCAACUUCACUCAGGGUCCUUCGCUGCUACUGGACUCGGAAUGGGAGAGCUGGAAGACCGUCUAUGAGAAGGAGUACAACAGCCGGGAGGAGGAAGGAAGCCGGAGGUCCAUCUGGGAGAAGAAUAUGCGACUGAUUGAUGCCCAUAACCAAGAAUACAAGCAGGGGAUCCAUUCCUAUGAGCUGGGGAUGAACAGCCUGGGAGACAUGACCAGUGAGGAAGUGACCGCGAUAAUGACCGGGUUGAGAGUGCCACAGAUCACGGAGUCCAACAACACCUUCCUCCCUGACGGUGACCUGGAGAAGCUGCCCAAGUCCAUUGACUACCGCAAGAAGGGUUAUGUCACCCCAGUCAGACAGCAGGACCGGAGAUGUGCCUACAAAGCAUGGAAAAAAGUGAUGUCAUGCCGCGGCUACAAGAGCGUGGCAUCCGGGAAUGAGAGAGCGCUGCAGGCCGCUGUGGCCAGUGUGGGGCCCGUGUCUGCAGCAAUCAGCACCUCACUGCACACCUUCAAUUUCUACAGAAGGGAUGAUGUGGUCCUGUUGGCUUCAUCAAGCUGCGACCUGCAGCAGGCAUUGGGGCCCUUUGCAGCUGAGUGCAAGGUGGAUGCCUCUUGGACGGCUCCCUGGGGAGGUGUUUCAGGCAUGUCCAAUCACGAGAAGAACCCGGGGCAGACCCAGGACACACUGGCCUGGGAACUCCUCAGUAUCCGUCUGGGGGAGCUGAAGGAGGUGGCUGGGGAGAGGCCGGAUGUCAGCCUGGAUUACCAGUGGCAGCUGUGGAAGAUUCACUAUGCCAAAACCUAUGAAAGCAAGGAGCUGGAAACUCACAGAAGGCAGGUCUGGCAGAAGAAUCUGAGGAUGAUAGAGCAGCACAACCAUGAGGCUACACAAGGUCUCCACUCCUACACCAUGGAACUCAACCAUCUUGCCGACAUGACUGCUGGGGAGGUGAAUGCUCUGCUCAAUCGGCUGGAGAAGCCAGAUGAUCUUGUGCAGCCUGACAAUUGCACUUUCGCACCGCUGACGGCCACUGGCCUGCCAGACACUGUGGACUGGCGUACAAAAGGCUUGGUGACCCCUGUCAGGAAUCAGGGCAAAUGCGGCUCCUGCUGGGCCUUCAGCGCUGUUGGGACCCUGGAGGGCCAAAUGAAGCUGAAGACAGGAAAACUGAUACCACUCAGCCCCCAGAAUUUGGUGGACUGCAACAGGAAGAACCACGGCUGCAAUGGUGGCAAAAUGGGCUUGGCUUUUCAAUACAUCACUGAGAACAAGGGCAUCGACUCGGAGAACACGUACCCUUAUGUCGGCCGGGUCAGCAAUAUUAUAUGUCAUGUGGGUUCCGUCUGUGUGCAGCAAGGAAGUUGUCACUACACAAAGCAAGGCCGAGCCGGUUACUGCAGCAGCUACAAGAGGAUUCCGAAGGGUAAUGAGAUGGAGCUGCAGCGGGCUGUCGCCACCAUAGGACCUUUGUCUGUCGCAGUAGAUGCUGGAAAGGCUUCCUUCCAUCACUACAAGAAUGGAAUUUACAAUGACAAACACUGCCACCACAGUGGGAUAAAUCACGCAGUGGUACUCGUCGGGUACGGAUCAGACAAUGGGCAGCAGUACUGGCUGGUGAAGAACAGCUGGGGACAGCAAUGGGGGGAAAACGGAUUUAUACGAUUGGCCAGAAACAGCAAUAACAUGUGUGGAAUUGCUAGCCAUGGACUAUAUCCCAUUGUGUGAAACGGUGGGCUGGCAACUAGCUUGCUUGCUUUCCAAAUACAGCAAAGCUUCCUCUGCAGUGUGUAAAGCAUAAAAAUUAACAUGAAACAUUUGGCUAAACCAUUUGAAAUGAACAUUUUAAGCCUAUGUUACAAAAUGGUCUAAUAAACAGCUAUGGACCCAUGCUGUUUAUAGAAACUGUGUAAAACUUAAAUCUGCGUGUGGUGUUUAUCAGUUAGCAAAAUUGUACUUUUUAAAUUAGGUUUCACAUGCAGUAAAACACACUGUAUCUCAGGGCUUUUAUAGUAGCAUUUUGAGAUCAUUCAUUUGCUUGAUAUAUUGCUUAUCGUAAAAUAACUGCCUAAAGUAAAAAAAACUGCAUUCUGCUGACAUACAUGCAAUAUAUAUA